AUGGUGAACAAACGCGUACAGGUUCGUUACGAAGAUAGCGAUGUAGAAGACGAGGUCAACAAUUGGUCGGGCGACUCCGAUGUUGCCAGCGACGAUGACUCCGAUGCGCCUUUUGAAGAGCCGGCUGCGAGGUCUAGACCGAAGGGGGCCACCACAAGGAAGCCGGCGGAAGAGCAAUCGGGCGAUGACUCGAGUGAGGAGGACGAAAAUGAAUUCGGGAGCGAGUCAAGCGAAGGGGGGAGCGGAGAAGAGGAGGGGGAGGAUGUCACAGCUGACAUAGCGGCCAUAUCCUUUGGAGCGCUGGCAAAGGCACAGCGAUCGCUGAAGCGAAAACGGGACGAACCAGAGGACGAUAUCAGCGAUCAGUCAGAUUCGAAACCAGAGGUAUCAAACGGCAGAGACCCACGGAACGCGGCUCGGCUAGCAGAGAUCAAGGGACGGAUGCAAGCCCUCCCCGCCGACUCUAAAAGCUCAUUCGCCGAAGGUUUAAGGAGAGCCAGAGAAAAGCGGAAAGAGAGGGAAUCUCACGAUUCAAGAUCAAAGCGCUCAAGUAAGCAUGCACCAACAGAGAUGUCAUCGAAGAAAGCCGUGUCUCGCCGGCGCAUCGUAGUCGACAUGCCGGCCGAUACAACAAGAGACCCACGCUUCGACCAGGUAGGACAAUCUGGGGCUGUAAAUAUGGACAAGAUCGCCAAAAACUACGAUUUCUUAGACGACUACCGGGACUCGGAAAUCAGAACAUUACGUCAGGAGGCAGUAAAAGAAAAAAACCCGAUUCGCAAGCAGGAGCUGGAAAACACAUUGAAAUCUCUCGAAUCGAAGAGAGAUGCACGAAAGCGGAGGCUUGACCAUGACAAGAUCCUUGCAGAGCACAAAAAGAAAGAGCGAGAUGCCAUCAAACAAGGCAAAAAGCCUUUCUACCUGAAAAAAUCCGAUCAAAAGAAACUCGUUUUAACAACUCAGUUCGCCAACAUGGGUGAGAAGCAGAGGUCGCGGGUUAUUGAAAAGAAGAGAAAGAAGGUUGCCUCAAAAGAAAAGAAACGACUGCCAUGGUCUAGACGAACGGCAGCCGGGCCAGAAGACUAG